GCAAGCUGGGAAAUCAGAAACAUCGUCAUGAUGUUGGAAGCAAGGACUGUUUGUGUUGUUAUUCUAGUUUUGAUUUUACCAUCUGUUUGCUAUUCUUUAGCAAAUAUCACAGUUUCGUUCGACAAAGAUGCCUGUUUUUUCAGUCAAAGGUCAGUUGGUGCGGAUACUAUUUAUCACGUGACCUAUGACGGUACUCCAAUAGACCCGUUACUUUGUAGCAUGAUGAAGUUUAGUGGCGGGGACUCUUCACGCAUAAACACUUACAGGGUCUGUGUUUCCCUUCUACAUUAUGAGGACCCAGACUGUGCCAUUUGGUUUGGAUACAUUAUCGCGACUGACCAAAUUGGGGUGUUUAAUUGCACUGUGAUGCCACCUUCGCCAUACUGUAACAAGUAUACAGAUGUCGCGUUCAAGAUACAGAUCAAAUCAAACACCAAUGCCAACACAACAAAAAACGUCAAAUUUAGAAUGAAAGUGUAUGCCGAACUUGAGACAGAUUAUGUUCUGAUUCUGUCUGCUUCGAUCGGUGGAGGCACUGGAGGACUAAUUCUGUUGUACAUAACUUAUAAGUUAUACCGCUAUAUCCAAAAUAAAACCAAAUAUUAAAUUUCAUUUCAAAAUAAUUUAGUUGCCCUCGUUUAAACAAAAUUCAUGCAGUAA